CACUAAAGUGCCACCAUGAGCACAGACGCAGAGAUGGCGCAGUAUGGGCCUGCGUCCAUAUACCUCCGCAAGCCUGAGAAGGAGAGGAUUGAGGCUCAGAAUACUCCUUUUGAUGCCAAAACUGCCUUCUUUGUGGUCGAUCCUGAUGAAAUGUACCUGAAGGGUAAACUCGUCAAAAAAGAGGGCGGCAAAGCCACCGUGGAAACUCUCUCAGGAAAGACGGUCACAGUCAAAGAAGAUGACGUCACUCCAAUGAACCCUCCGAAGUAUGACAAGAUUGAGGACAUGGCCAUGAUGACCCAUCUCAACGAGCCCUGCGUGCUGUACAACCUCAAAGAGCGUUUUGCAUCAUGGAUGAUCUACACUUACUCUGGUCUCUUCUGUGUCGUCGUGAACCCCUACAAGUGGCUUCCUGUGUACGAUGCUCAGGUUGUUGUAGCAUACAGAGGCAAGAAGAGAGUUGAGGCUCCACCCCACAUCUUCUCCAUCUCUGAUAAUGCUUAUCAGUUCAUGCUCACCGAUCGUGAGAACCAGUCUAUCCUUAUCACUGGAGAAUCCGGUGCAGGAAAGACUGUCAACACCAAGCGUGUCAUCCAGUACUUUGCAACAAUUGCAGUGUCCGGAGGCGGAAAGAAAACCGAGCAACAAGCUGGCAAAAUCCAGGGUUCACUGGAAGAUCAAAUCAUUGCAGCCAAUCCUCUGCUGGAAGCCUAUGGUAACGCCAAAACUGUGAGGAAUGACAACUCCUCCCGUUUCGGUAAAUUCAUCAGGAUUCACUUCGGCACCAGUGGCAAACUGGCCUCCGCUGAUAUUGAAACAUAUCUGCUGGAGAAGUCCCGUGUGACCUUCCAGUUGUCCGCUGAGAGGAGCUACCAUAUCUUCUAUCAGCUGAUGACAGGACACAAGCCUGAGCUCCUGGAGGCUCUCCUGAUCUCCACCAACCCCUAUGACUACCCAAUGAUCAGUCAGGGUGAAAUCACAGUCAAAAGCAUUAAUGAUGUGGAGGAGUUCAUCGCCACAGACACUGCUAUUGACAUCUUGGGCUUCACUGCCGAGGAGAAAUUGGGCAUCUACAAGCUGACCGGAGCUGUGAUGCAUCACGGCAACAUGAAGUUCAAGCAGAAGCAGCGUGAGGAGCAGGCUGAGCCAGAUGGCACAGAGGAGGCUGAUAAAAUCGCCUACCUUAUGGGCCUGAACUCAGCUGAUAUGCUGAAAGCUCUGUGCUACCCAAGAGUCAAGGUCGGAAAUGAGAUGGUGACCAAAGGUCAGACCGUUCCACAGGUCAACAAUGCUGUCAGUGCUCUGUGCAAGUCCGUCUAUGAGAAAAUGUUCUUGUGGAUGGUCAUCCGUAUCAACCAGAUGUUGGACACUAAACAGCCAAGGCAGUUCUUCAUUGGUGUCCUGGAUAUUGCUGGAUUUGAAAUCUUUGAUUUCAACACCUUGGAGCAGCUGUGCAUCAACUUCACCAAUGAGAAACUGCAACAGUUCUUCAACCACACCAUGUUUGUCCUGGAGCAAGAGGAGUACAAGAAGGAGGGUAUUGAAUGGGAGUUCAUUGACUUCGGUAUGGACUUGGCUGCCUGCAUUGAGCUUAUUGAGAAGGUAAGUAACCACUCUGGUAGAUGUGAUUUCUUUAUUCAUGUGUAAAUGAUUGCUUCCUCA